CGACGAACCAGCAGUCAUAAUCGAUUAAUUCGCUUGAAAAUAUGAAGUGGUUAUUGGUGCUUUUCGUUUGUAUUACUUUAAAGCAAGUAGUAUUUGCUCAGCCAAAUCCGGGCAACACAAAUACACCGACAACUCUUUUAAAACCUAAACGUCCUGUGAUAUGUUUAUCUAUUGACACGAAUGUAAGGGAUUAUGCACCAAAUUAUGACUCAUUGAUAAAUACAUUUGCAUCGUUGUCGUAUCGAGAAAAUCCAGCUUUGCGACGACUUCGUGAACAUAAUUCAAACGUACAACGAGUAUUUAGUCUGGAUAAUAUACGACGAUUUUUACGAUAUAACACACAAAAUCCAAACCUUACUGCCGACGAGAAAAACAAACAAAAAACUACGGUCAAUGAGGCGCUCAACAACUACAAAACAGCCACAGCGACUUUUCUAACCGAAAUCAAUACAUUGGCGACAUCCAUCGAUCCAACAACUACCAUGCAAGAAUGCCAACAAACCGCACAAAGUGCAGCAAUCGCAUCAAUUGGUGAUGCCAACGCAUUGACAGCAUAUUCAAAAGAAAUGUGCGAGAAUUUAAACAAUGUAAUAGCUAUUUUUGAAACAGCACUUGAAGGUGCAUAUUCUAAAGUCGGUGCUAAAGCACCAUAAAUUUUCAGAGAUACAUUUUAAUUUGUUUCAAUUAUACAUUUUUCAAAUAUAUUGCAUAUUUUUUGUCACUUUCAAUAAAUUUGUUGAAGAAAA